AUGGAGAAAAGGCAGGAUGCAAUUAAAAUCGAUGAGCUGAAGGGGAGCCUUGCCCACCUACAAAACCAUCUGGCUGAACCCCCAAUCCCAAAGCACCCAGCAGGGCACUCUGACUUGGAGAAGAGCCUAAAGACUGAAACCAAGUACCUGAGAGAAGAGCUGCGGGAACAGCAGAGACUGCAGGAGGUGAAAAUGCGGCUCCGGGAGCAGGAGAAGAACCAGAACAGGAGCGCACUGCAUUUGGAGCAGGAAGGAAAGGAGCUGCAGGAGAAGCUUGGCGAACAGGAGACGGUGCCAUUUCUGAACGCUGCUGGAGCCGGUGUCCAGGAGGAGCAGGCACGGCUCUGUGAGCAGCUCCAGAAACAACAGGGGUGCAGCCAGCUCCAGGCUCACCUGGUGGCCUCGGCCCUGAGGGAGCCAGAGGCAGCGGCCGCAGCCACAGGGACUAGGAGCGACCGUGGGUGUGGGGAGACCCAGCGGGCCCUGCAGGGCGCCAUCGACAAGCUGCAGAAUGAGUUCAUGGCCGUCGUGAAGGAAAAUGCGGACCUGAAGGAGCGGGUGGAAAAACUAGAACUCGGACUCAUCCAGCUCUCUGGAGAGAGAGACAUGAUAAGAAAGUCCAUCAAACCAAAUGACCAUCAGACAGCAGUGGCCAAGACCCAGCACCAGAAGAAGAAUGAUGUUAGCAUGCUGUCCGAGGCCGAGGAGGGGAUGAAGGUGAAGCUGCUGGAGCUGCAGGGCCCAGUGAUGCAGCUUAUGAUCGACCACGAGGUCCAGCACCCUGCUAAUGAUUCCACUCCAGGGGCCCCAGCCCCCCAGGAGCUUGGUGCUGCUGACAAGGAUGUAUUUACAGAUAUUUCUAGAACAGGGCAGGGGCAUGCCGCCCUGGGGCUGCUCGCCUGUGAGCAGCUUGCCCAGCCCCCGGUUGAAACCCCUUCCAACCGCCACAUGCCCUGUCCAGCCACCUGGGCUGUGGGGAACUGGUCUCAGGGGAGUGUGGGAUGCGGGGAGGGCACUCAGCACCAAAGUGUCCUCUGCACCAGUGACACUGGUGUCCCCUGUGACGAGGCCCAGCAGCCAGCCCGCCAAGUCACCGGCUCUCUGCCACCCUGUCCGAGGCCCCUGGACUCACUGGACCCUGAAGGCUCAGGCAGCGGCUCCUCCAGCCACGAGCUCUAUGAGGCUGACUUCAUCCCAUGCCACCUGGCCCCAUGCCCUUCAGCCUCCUCAGCACCCAGGCCAGCCAGCAUGGGCAACACCAGUGAGGAGGCAGCCCUGGAGACCGUGGGGAUCGUGUUUGUGGAUGACAAUUUCAUCAACUUCCUCGAGGACCUGUCCUAUCGGCUUGAAGAGCACUAUCUAGACCUGGCGGGGACAGGGGAUGGGACCCCACCACACGGCCGUCCUGCUGCGCCCUCCACGGGUAGCCCAGUGCCUGCCACAGAGCCUCCUGCAGCCACAGAGGAGGGAGCACUGGGACCUUGGUCCCCUAGCCCUUGGCCCAGCGAGACCAGCUGCUCCCCACCCCCACCCUCAGAGCUGACCCCUGGGAAUCUGGUCAAUUUCCUGCCCGAGAAAGACGCCCCUAUAGGGGCUCCAGACCUUGGGCUCCCCAGCCUGCCCUGGCCCAGGGUUUCUGUUGAUGGCAUGCAGAUGCCUGCUGCCCCUGGAAGCCAAAAUGACUUCCCAGUUGGCAAGGACAGCCAGCGCCAGCUGCCCCCUCCAUUGGACAGGACCAAUGAGGUUUCCAAGGAUGAGGAACCCGGGGGCCACAGAGCCCCCCAUCUGCCCCAAGACCCAGCCCCAUGUUGCCCCCUUUGUCCUGUUGGCAGCACCCACUCCUCUCCUGGUCCUGACGUGGUGGAGCUGUGGACAGGAGGGACUGUGGCCUGGAAGCCAGCUCUGGAGGGUGGCCUGGGACCUGCAGACAGUGAGCUGUGGCCCACUGUGGGGGCGGCUUCCCUUCCCCCUCCUACUCCCAUAGCACCUCCACCAGAGAUGGAGGGCAGGGACAGUCCCCCAGAGCCGGGGACUCCCAACUUCUCAACCCGAGGACCAGGCUCCUGGGACCUGCAGACUGUGGCAAUGUGGGGGGCCUUUCUCCCCACAACCCUGACUGGCCUCAGGCACACGCCUGAGUCUGAGCCUGAGCCUGCCCCGAGCCCGUGACCCAAGGGCCAGCCUGAGUCCCUCAGCGGUGAGGUGCCCCUGAGCUCUGGGCUACUGUCCAUGCCAGCUUGGGACAACCCCGCCAACAGCCGCAGAGCCCCUGAGACCCAGCCCCUGGCCCCCAGCCUGGCUGAGGCACGGCCCCCGCACCUGUGGUUAGUUCCUGGCUGUGGGGGCGUGGCGGGGAUGGGGUCUGCCUGGCUUUCACGGGUCCAUGCCCCGCAUUGCUCUACCACCUGUGGCCCAGGUGCCGUCUGGAGGCCAGUGCGCUGUAGCUCCUGAUGGGAUAAGGACUGCGCCCCUGCUGGCUGGCCCCAGCCUGCCCGACGCUGCCACCUGCAGCCCUGUGCCACCUGGCACUCGGGCACCUGCAGAAGGUACUCCCGCAGCUGCAGUGGAGGCUCCUCAGUGCGGGACGUGCAGUGUUCGGACACACGGGACCUCCGGCCGCUGCGACCCUUCCAUUGUCAGCCGGGGCCAGCCAAGCCGCCCACGCACCCCAGUACUCUGAGGCCUGUGGCGGUGGUGAACAGCAGCGUCUGGUGACCUGCCCAGAGCAGGGAGCAAUGGCUUGGUGGCGCCUGGUCAGUCCUGGGUUGGGCGAAGCAGCUAUUGAGUGUGGCUGAGAGCCAGGCUGUCUCUGGCCGAAGCACGUGCAGCAGUGACUGGACGAGGUCCUGCCCUACUGGUGCUCACAGCCUCCCAGGGAGAAAGAGACAAGGAAAGGGCACGUGUGCUGUGGUGUCAGGGAAGGCCUUCCCAGGAGGGGCCUGGUGAGGAGUCAGUGAUGCCAAGGACAGGGAUCAAGGGGACAGCAGGUGUGAAGUCUGAGGCGGGAAUGAUGAACUUGGGGUGAUCAGGGAGCCCAGCAAAGGCCAGCAACAGAAAAGGAGCCUCAGGUGGGCAGGACACCUUCUGCCAGGCCUCUUUGGAACGAAUGGGUUCAAAAAUCUCAGCUGUGGGCCCUGAGCCGGGCCCUGGAGUCAGCUGGGCCAGGGUUUGAGUCUUUGUCCCACUGGCUGCUGAGUGACUCUGGGCAGGUUGCUUUGCCUUGCUGGGUCACUGUUUUCUCAUCUGUAAAAUGGGGACAGCUUGGGAGAAGAGGGUCAGGAAGAUUAAAUGAAGUAAUGUGACAAAGCACAGGGCCGGGCACAGCCUUGGCGGGCACAGCAGGACACUGGCACAGAUUUGGCACAUGUUCAGGGCUUUCAGACCCGCACCUGAUAACAACGGAGCCUGGCGGGCUGGGCCCCGGCUGUGAAACCUGUCUCCUCCACUCCUGCCUGUGGGCUGAACAGGUCCUCUGCCCCAUCCCUCGGGCACAGUGGUGUCUCGCCCACGUCUCUGCCCGCUGCUGCAUCAUCAGGGCUCCAUCUGGGGCUCUGCCCAGGCCUUUCACUCAUGUCCCGUGCGAGGGGCUCGCUGCCCGGCAGCCUCGAGGGCUGUCCCCACUGUUCUCAUACCCCUCCCCGCUGACAGGAACUGAUCCCAUAGUGCGAGUGGGGUUUGAGCACCGAGUGGGCUCUAGGCAUGGGACCAGGCCCUCCAAGGAGGCAAUGAGGGCGGCGGGGCUGGGAGCAAGGGCAGGCCAGUCAGGCACAGGGCGCAGGGAUGGCUUCCCAGAGGAGGCA